ACACAAACAAAACGCAACCAUCGCCAUCACGACACUCUGACAACCACACCACACACACAAUGUCGCACUCGGGCGACGACUCGUUCUUCGCCUCGUCCAGCGGCGGCGACCUGCGGUCACCACCAGGCCACUCGCGCUCGCUCGCCGGCGCCCGCGCAGAACGGGAACGCGCGCACGCCCACGCCGCCGCACGAAGGCAGUACGGCCUCCCGCCUGCCGACCCGACCUACCGGCCACACGGGUUCAAUGUCGGCGGUGGCGGCGGCGGGGACGACAGCCUCGAGUUUGACGAGGACGACAGUGCGGAGAUGUACGCGCGCAACAGCACCCCCGUGCCGCGUGGCCGCGCCGGCCCGCUCUUCACCACUGCCAACCCAGACGCUGCGGACGUCGACGACCCAGACGAGAGCUUCCCCGACGCGAGCUUCGCCGAGGAGCCGUCGUUCGCCGGCGGGUACCCCGACGAGUCGUACGGCUCGUUCGAGGACGACCCCGAGGGCAUCGAGGUCGACGGCACCGAGGUGCCCGAGCACGAGACGACGUACGGCGAGAGCGACGGCUCGAGCGCCGCCUACGACCCCGACGACGACCCCGAGGCGUGGGCUGAGCGGCUGGAUGAGCUGGCUGGUGUGCUCGAGAUGAGCGAGGUGGAGGCGCGCGCGCUGAGGUGGGGGCCGGCCGUGGGCCGCGAGCGUGAUGCUGCCGACCUCCCGCUGGAGCAGUUCCAGGCCGUCCUGGACCACCACUUGGAGACCACGGCGUGGCGCUUCGAGCCCCGCGAAGCAGCACACCCCGUCCGCGUACUCGGCAGGGCUUGGGUCGGCACGCGCGCCGGCGAGCGCAUCAGCGUCGAGGCUGCCCAGCGCGAGGUGCAGCUCGAGAACGGGGGGUGGCGGUAGGCAGCCGUGCUGGGCGGCAAGGAUCAGACGCAUACUGGGUGGCGACGCCCAGAACCACUUCAUAUAUUCAUCCAUUACACUGUAUCAUAUGCAUGGCUCACGACUAG